AUGUUGCGGCACAUGAAGCAUGUAUUCAGCGAAGCGGCAAAUCCUAACGGACCACCGGCGAGAAUGGAGAACGAGACGCUGAGGAAGCCGGCGCUGCGCAGUCUCCGGUGUCGCUAUGAUAAGCAAUCACCUGAGAUUAUCCAGUCAUUCCUCCAGAGUUUCUCUGGUCUGGAGCUGGUGCUGCUUGAAAGCAGUCAGCCUUGGGACUUUGACCUAAAGUGCCUCGAUGGACACCUGGACAGUCUUCGGCACCUAUGUAUCAGCCUGGGCGAGGACCGCGUCCGCGGGCACGAAAAGUGGAGGCCAAGAGUCCAAGAUCUUACACACAUGCUGAGAAGGGCGCCGAACAUUCAGCAACUGGCGAUUCCAUUUCCAACGUACGAGCACGAAACUCAGUACCAGCAGAGGAGCUCGUGGGACCGGUCAUACUUUACAGCCAUCGCUGACCUUGCCAAUUUGCAGGUGUUGAGGUGUCUUUUCUGGCCUCGUCCGAUGCGGUACAAAGGUGAUGUUCGUGGGACGUAUCAUCGCGGGCUACAAAGCUACGCAGAGACCACCGUGAACGCAUUCGCACGAUUGUACACGGAGUAG